AUGAGCGAUAAAGAGCCAUUAUUAAAGAAACAUAACAAAUUACUUAUUGACAAUGACAGUGACAAUGAAAAUAAAAGUUUUUCUGAGUGGCGUCGAUAUUUCAAUCAGCAAAAGACUGAUGCUAGGAAUAAAAAGUUAAAUGAUGAGGUCAAUCAUACGAAUAAAGAUAUUCCAGUCAGUGUUUUUCAAUUGUUUCGAUUUGCUGAUCGUAUUGAUACUCUUCUUUUAAUUCUUGGUCUGUGUUUCAUAUUAUUGCAUGGAGUUUUAAUUAUUGUGAAUGUAAUUCUUUUUGGUCAAAUCACGGGAUUAUUUGCCACUACAACGUUUGCUGUUGAUUGUCAUAAUCAAUAUGAAAAUUCAGUAUCUACAAUUAUUAAUAAUAGUGUAUGUCCUUUUGGUAUUGAUCUUAAUCCAUUAAACUAUGAUCGACUACAUAAACUAUGCCAUUAUGAUAAUAAAACUAUGUCAUCCAUAUUAUCUCCAUUAACACCUUUAUUUCGAGAAAAUGUUAUGCAUCUAGUUUAUUGGUUCUUCGGUUUAAGUAUUCUUCAAUUUCUAUGUUGUUUUCCCGGAUAUUUCUGUUGGACAAUUGCUACGAAACGACAAACAUCUCGCAUGAGUGUUUUACUCUUUCGAUCACUUAUUCAACGUGUAAGUUACAAAUAUUUUUUACAUUCAUAA